GUACAUCAUGGGAUAAUUUGCUCUUUUAUUCCCAACAGAUCUUAUUGUAGUAUCAAUGCAGGCAGGAACAUAUGGCAUAGAUUGAUCAGAAGAGGCGAAAAAAUAAACACAAGAAAUCUUUCCAACGCAAAAUGUCAAUUCUAAAGCCGGAAGACAAACACCAAAACAUCAGGGCGAGUGUUCUGGCACCGAAGGAGCCGUAUCAUAUACCAGGAUAUGUAGGGCACAAACACCAGUACAAAUAUCAGUGUGGAGAUACGUUCGGCGUAACAACAAAUCGUUUACUGAUGUCAGCCGGACCUCACCGAGCAGUGGGAGAUCUCAUGCGACCCAUUGACCCCCCUCGUGCCCACACUGUUGCACUUGGAUAUCACGAAGUACCAAAGUUGGCUGAUGACAAUUAUGACGUCAAAUCACUUUUGAACGGAAGGCGGGAAAACUUUGGAGAUCAGCUUUACAAACCGGAUAUGAGGAGCGGAUAUAUGGGUUUUGUUCCGAAAUCUCAUUUCUCUUCGUAUCACGCAAAAACUUUCCCGAAUAUCUGCAACGACGCUUUGAAGGAUUUCUCAAUUGACCAAAGAAGCCACCAAGGGCGCAGGAGAGCACUAGCAGAUACGAUGAAAAUGCAAUAUGCUAGAGAGAUGUUGUCAGGCGAGAGAAAUAUGCUCGGGACAAAACACAAACUCCCUCUACGAGCUGUUCGUAACUCUCUACCGCCGUAUAUGUCGGAAAGUGCGAUUGAGCGUCAUGAUUCUCCAUACUUUCUUCCUACGUCACAUCCGGAGAAAUACUUCAAGUCCGGUUACGCCGGUCACGUGCCUUUCUAUAAAGAUUUGGCGGGAAACAGUUACCCUGUUGUGACCAAUCAAGCAUUAAAAAUGUUCACGGAUGACUUAACUAGAACAAAGGAACAAAAGGACAAAACCUUGUCGCAUGACGUCAUAAAUAAACGAAGAACCCCACGCCCACCAUUGAUGACGUCAAAGCCCAAGGUUUAUCUGGUAGAUUCAGGAAUCAUUCCGCGAUAUGGAGGAUACGUACCAGGCCAAAAGUUUCGAUUCGGGCACACAUUCACCAAUCUCACUGUCAACCCGUUGAAACUGAAGGAAUCUUCGGCAAUAAAGAUGAUGUCAUAAAUCCAUGACGUCACUGAACAAUAGACACAUCAUAUCGCAGCAAAACUUUACAUUUUAAAUCUCCAAUUGACAACUUAGUCACGUUUAUACAUGGUUAUUCGACCUGCUGUCUUCAUAUCUACUACUGUAGUCGACAUGGAAUUAUAUUUAGCCGAAGGGUUAGAAUUUAUCCAGGUCAUAUCACGUCACUAGAACGUUACAUGACGUCACAGUUCCUAUUUAAAAUUAUGAUUUCCGUGGCAAACAAUUUGUCAUACAUCCCUGAUGGUUGUGGAUACGAAAUGAUUAAGGUUCAAACAGUGGCGCUGCAAGACUCUCUGCCCCCCCCCCCCCCGCAAAAAUAUUUCGUGGAACUGACUUUAAAAAACUAUCGGACAUAAGCUAAAACAACGCUUUUUUGAUUUCGUCAAAAAGCACAACAUGUCUCUAUUAAAAGGUAAUGGUAACCUAAAAUUUGAUGUUUAUCUUGGUUACUUUAAUUUUUUUCAUACGUGCUUCCUCUUCUGCCCUUUUUCUGCGUUUCUGUGUGCCACUGAGAGGUUUUGCUUUCGACAUCAU